AUGUCUGGUAGAUACAAUAUUAAGAAGCCUGAUUCUUCAGUUAGGGACAAAAAAUUAGAGACUUUGUAUGCCCAAGUGAAAAAGUUUGAUCAAGAAUUGGACUCUGUAAGAAAGCAAAUUGAUGGUAAUAAAGUUUCUGAUCAAACUCAAAAUGCUACGCAAAAACUUCGUGAUCAAUUGAAGGAGAUCAGGAAGACUCAGUCUGAUUUAAAGGGUAGAAGACAACAGAUUCACGAUAAAAUAAAGCAAUUAGAAGAGCAAGUCAGGCGCCAAAAUACCGAGGUUGAUGAGAAACUUGGCAAGAAGACUCGCUACCAGUCCAUUGCUGAAAUCAAACAGCGUUUGGAACAGAUCGACGAAGAGAUGUCAUCCGGUGAUCUAUCUCUGGUUGAAGAGAAGGUCUGUGUUAAGGAAAUGCAGUCUUUGAACAAGUUGAUCAGGGACAUGCAACAGGUUGAGCCAAUCAAGAAGUCCAUUAGUGAUGACAAGAACACAAUUGCUGAAUUGAAGCAAGAGUUGGGCACAUUGAAUGCUAGUGAGAUUUCUGCUCAGUACGAGUCCAUCCAAGCAGAGCUCAACAAGAUGCAGUCUAAGAACCAGGUUAUUCACGAUCAAAAGUCCAAGCUUUUUGUGAAGAAGGCUGCGAUAAUGAGCAAGCGUGACGAGAUCUACUCUCAGAUAAAGAAGGUUAAGGCCGACUUCGGUAAUGAGCUAAAGACUUUCAGAAAGAAGGUGCAAGAAGAGCGUUUGAAGAGGGAAGAGGAACAGCAAUUGUCCGUUUUGAUGGAGGAUAAAGAGGAGAAGGUUUGCAAGCUGAAGGAGAAGUUGAUCCACGCUAAGAAGCCUGCCUUCAUGAACGAGAUCAGCUGUAUUGAAACCGCCUUGUUUGUUUUAGACCCAACCUUUGUCAAGCCAGCCGCCAACAACAUUGAUUUCCCUGGUUCAGAGCCUGUUAAGCCUGUUAAGAAGGUUGAGAACCAAGGUUUGGUGAAGAUCGUCAAGGAAAAGGAAGAUUACUUCCCACCCUCGGCCAAGAGCAAGAAGAACAGAAAGAAGGCCUCAAACGGUACUGCUUCUGGCUCUUCAAGUAAGUUCUCUUUGGAACCAACUCUAAUUGCCAUUUUAGCAGAUUUGGAAGUUCCAGUUCCAAUGAGCAAGGACGAUGUUCCAGCAACUGUGGAACAAUUGAAGAAGAAGUAUGACGAUUUCUUGUCAAGACAAGAAGAACAAACGGAAAAGAACGUUGCCGAGGCUACUGCCCAAUUAGAAAAGUUGGAGUUGGAGUAUGCUGCGAAAGAAAACCAACUCAGAAAGGAAUUGGAAGAGAAAAGGGAACGUGAGGCAGCCGAAGCAGAGACAGCCGGGGAGAAAUAA